CUAAGCUCCUGUCUGUAUCGGCAAAGGCAUAUAUGCAGUGGAGAAGGCGAUACCGCGCAUUUCGCUAGGCUGCAGGAGAUAUAAGUUAUACACUUAAUCAUACUCCAGCCGACAGUAGUAGCAGGAAAGAUAAUGGAGGUGAAAAGACCUGAACAGAAUAACUUUUCCGUCGAAGGCGCCGCAGAGACGUCGCGCUCUUGCGCGGAUCCAGUCGUACGCCGCGGGUGCGCUUACAGCGCGGGACAGCUCUCCGCUGGGAGAGCCGUAUGCAGCGGUCCUUCCAAGGUCCUCUUGGAGUAUAAAAGCACAACUCAGCAUCUGGCAUCGUCCGGAGUUAAGGUAUCCACUAUUUCCAAAGCCGGUUUGGGUAUCUUAAAAAUGGCCACAUCGCACUGGAGACUCCAGGAGAAGAAGGCACGGGUGGUGCGGUCCUCCAGCGCCGGGAACCGGCACUCUUCUUCCGACCGGUUCCCCUGCAAGAGGUCUGCCCUGGAUCAGCUCACGGCUCUGGUACUGCACGGUCAGACGUGCUCCAGCCAUAUGGUGCAGGAGACCGGCCAGGACAAGUUGUGCUCCACCAAGCCGCAGAACUGCCGGCGCAUUGUAGUGCUGGGCGCUCCGAAAGUUGGGAAGACAUCGAUCCUCCGACGGUUCCUGCGGGACGGGUUCGAGGAGCAGUAUCAGCCGACUUCUGAGGACUUUCACAGGAAGCUAUACCAAAUCCGAGGAGAGACCUACCAGAUAGACAUCCUGGACGCGUCCGGGGAAAGAGCCUUCCCUGCCAAGCGCAGACUAUCCAUCUUGACAGGUGAUAUUUUUCUCCUGGUCUUCAGCUUGGAUGACAGCGGCUCCUUCGACGAAGUGCGCGCGCUGCGCAAAGAGAUCGUCGCGGCCAAGAGCAAGCUCCAGAAAUCCAAAGAGAACGCCCGCGUGCCCAUCGUGAUCUGCGCGAACAAAGUGGACCUGGCGCCGGAGGAGAGAGCCGUCAGUCCGGCGGAGGUUUUUCAAGAGCUCGGCGAGGACUGUCCUUUUUUCGAGACCUCCGCCAAAGACAGCACCAAUCUGGAAGAGGUGUUCGAAGCCCUGGCGAAGCGAGGUGGGCUGCCCACAGAGACCGGUCCGUCCCAGCACCGCAAAAUUUCCAUCCGCUCAUACCAAGCGUUGCGCUCCGACCGGACUGCAAGUAGAGGGGUCACGCAGGAGAUUCCCUGCGGCGCGCUGUACCCGCUGGCUCGCCGUCCCAGCUUCAGUACCGACCUCCGCAAGGUUCUCGGACCCAGCACUUCACGGAAAGGGGGGAAAUCCCUUGAGAAGUGCCAGAUUCAGUGACCGGGGGCUCAGGAACUUGAUUCUUAAUAAUCAUAUAGUAGCCUACAGUCUGUAAAACCGAAUGUGUAUGUUUAUUUCCUCAAUGGCUAGCCGAGGUAUAAUAGAAUUUCGUACGGAUUAAAGAGGCAUCAUUGGACAUUAAAAAGAAAUGUAUAUAAAAAAAAGAAA